GUACAGAUUUUAGACUGGAGUCAGCAAUCACGGGCGUGUAGUCUGCAGCCGAGCCGAGAAAGGAAGAGAGAAUCGCUCGGGAAAGAUCCAUUGCGGACUCCGCCGGCACCCUGCAAUAGAUGGAUUCCGACUACACAAGGGGGAAAACGCGGAGGUGACACUCUCUUUGCCUGCCGAGAGGACGAACGGCCAAACAAAUGCAAGGACUGGACUCCAUGCCGGUAAUAUCUGGACGGCGUGACACGGUGUGUAUAAAGCAAAAGUUUGCGAGCUGUUAAUUGCUGUGCUGUGUUUUUAAGAGACGCUUUCAAGUUUCCGGUACCAAAUGUAGCUUAGCUUUAAGUUGCCAAAGGAAGUUGAGGGAAUUGGCUUGCUGUUUUAACUUGCUCUGUGAGCGGAAUCUCAUAAACUGACCUAUGUACCAAAUGAAUGCUAAAAUGCACUUUACGUUUGUUUUUGCACUCCUGGUGAUGUCUUUCAACUCGGAUGUGCUGGGCAAGAAUUUGAAAUACAGGAUUUAUGAGGAGCAGAGGGUUGGAUCGGUAAUUGCAAGACUAUCAGAGGAUGUGGCUGAUGUGUUAGUUAAGCUACCUAAUCCUUCUACUGUUCGCUUCCGAGCCAUGCAACGAGGAAAUUCUCCUCUGCUCGUGGUCAACGAGGAUAACGGGGAAAUCAGCAUAGGAGCAAAAAUUGACCGCGAACAACUAUGCCAGAAAAACUUGAACUGUUCCAUAGAGUUUGAUGUGAUCACUCUGCCCACUGAGCAUCUGCAGCUUUUCCAUAUUGAAGUUGAAGUGCUGGAUAUUAAUGACAAUUCGCCUCAGUUUUCAAGAUCUCUCAUACCUAUUGAGAUUUCAGAAAGCGCGGCAGUGGGAACCCGUAUCCCUCUGGACAGUGCAUUUGAUCCAGAUGUUGGGGAAAAUUCCCUCCACACGUACUCUCUCUCUGCCAAUGAUUUUUUUAAUAUCGAGGUUCGAACCAGGACUGAUGGAGCAAAGUAUGCAGAACUCAUAGUGGUCAGAGAGCUGGAUCGGGAGCUGAAAUCAAGCUAUGAGCUUCAGCUCACCGCCUCAGACAUGGGGGUGCCUCAGAGGUCUGGCUCAUCCAUAUUAAAAAUCAGCAUUUCAGACUCUAAUGACAACAGCCCUGCUUUUGAGCAGCAGUCUUACAUAAUACAACUCUUAGAAAACUCCCCCGUUGGCACUUUGCUCCUCGAUCUGAAUGCCACUGAUCCAGAUGAGGGCGCUAAUGGGAAAAUUGUCUAUUCCUUCAGCAGUCAUGUGUCUCCCAAAAUUAUAGAGACUUUUAAGAUUGAUUCAGAAAGAGGACAUUUGACUCUCUUCAAGCAGGUGGAUUAUGAAAUGACCAAAUCCUAUGAGAUUGAUGUUCAGGCUCAAGAUUUGGGUCCAAAUUCAAUCCCAGCUCAUUGCAAAAUUAUAAUUAAGGUUGUGGAUGUUAAUGACAAUAAACCUGAAAUUAGCAUAAACCUCAUGUCCCCUGGAAAAGAAGAAAUUUCUUAUAUUUUUGAAGGUGAUCCUAUUGACACAUUUGUUGCCUUGGUCAGGGUUCAGGACAAGGAUUCUGGGCUGAAUGGAGAAAUAGUUUGUAAGCUUCAUGGACAUGGUCACUUUAAACUUCAGAAGACUUAUGAAAACAAUUAUUUAAUCUUGACGAAUGCCACGCUGGAUAGAGAAAAGAGAUCUGAAUACAGUUUGACUGUAAUCGCUGAGGACAAGGGGACACCCAGUCUCUCUACAGUAAAACAUUUUACUGUUCAAAUCAAUGAUAUAAAUGACAAUCCACCCCACUUCCAGAGAAGUCGAUAUGAAUUUGCAAUCUCAGAGAAUAACUCACCCGGGGCAUAUAUCACCACCGUUAUAGCCACAGAUCCUGAUCUUGGAGAAAAUGGGCAAGUGACAUAUACCAUUUUGGAGAGUUUUAUCCUGGGAAGUUCCAUAACUACAUAUGUAACCAUUGACCCAUCUAAUGGAGCCAUCUACGCCCUCAGAAUCUUUGACCAUGAGGAGGUGAGUCAGAUCACUUUUGUGGUCGAAGCAAGAGAUGGUGGAAGUCCAAAGCAACUUGUAAGCAAUACCACAGUUGUGCUCACCAUCAUUGAUGAAAAUGACAAUGUCCCUGUGGUUAUAGGGCCUGCACUGCGCAACAACACUGCAGAAAUCUCCAUCCCCAAAGGGGCUGAAAGUGGCUUUCAUGUCACAAGAAUUAGGGCAAUUGACAGAGACUCUGGUGUGAAUGCAGAACUCAGCUGCUCCAUAGUAGCAGGUAAUGAGGAGAAUAUCUUUGUAAUUGAUCCACGAUCAUGUGACAUCCAUACCAACAUAAGCAUGGACUCUGUUCCCUACACAGAAUGGGAGCUCUCAGUUGUCAUCCAGGACAAAGGCAAUCCUCAGCUGCAUACCAAAGUCCUUCUGAAGUGUGUGAUCUUUGAAUAUGCAGAGUCGGUGACAAGUACAGCAAUGACCUCAGUAAGCCAGGCACCCUUGGAUGUCUCCAUGAUUAUAAUCAUUUCCUUAGGAGCAAUUUGUGCAGUGUUGUUGGUUAUUAUGGUGCUGUUUGCAACUAGGUGUAACCGAGAAAAAAAAGACACUAGAUCCUACAACUGCAGGGUAGCAGAAUCGACGUACCAGCAUCACCCCAAGAGACCCUCCAGGCAGAUCCACAAAGGGGACAUCACGUUGGUGCCUACUGUUAAUGGCACCCUGCCCAUCAGAUCCCAUCACAGGUCAUCUCCGUCUUCAUCGCCUACCCUAGAAAGAGGGCAGAUGGGCAGCCGGCAGAGUCACAACAGUCACCAGUCCCUCAACAGUUUGGUGACCAUCUCAUCAAACCACGUGCCAGAGAAUUUCUCAUUAGAACUCACCCAUGCCACCCCUGCUGUUGAGCAGGUCUCCCAGCUUCUUUCAAUGCUUCACCAGGGACAAUAUCAGCCAAGGCCAAGUUUUAGAGGAAACAAAUAUUCCAGGAGCUAUAGAUAUGCCCUUCAGGACAUGGACAAAUUUAGCUUGAAAGACAGUGGCCGUGGUGACAGUGAAGCAGGAGACAGUGAUUAUGAUCUGGGGCGAGAUUCUCCAAUAGACAGGCUGCUGGGUGAAGGAUUCAGUGAUCUGUUUCUUACAGAUGGAAGAAUUCCAGCAGCUAUGAGGCUAUGCACGGAAGAAUGCAGGGUCCUGGGACACUCCGACCAGUGCUGGAUGCCGCCGCUGCCCUCACCCUCCUCGGAUUACAGAAGCAACAUGUUCAUCCCCGGGGAGGAGUUCCCAGCACAGCCCCAGCAGCAGCAUCCGCAUCAGAGUCUCGAGGAUGACGUGCAGCCUGUGGACUCUGGCGAGAAGAAGAAGAGUUUUUCCACGUUCGGGAAGGACUCCCCGAGUGAGGAGGACUCUGGGGACACCAGCACGUCCUCUCUGCUGUCGGAGAUGAGCAGCGUGUUCCAGCGCCUCUUGCCCCCUUCUCUGGACGCCUAUUCUGAGUGCAGUGAGAUGGACCGGUCCAACUCGCUGGAACGCCGGAAGGGACCUUUGCCGGCCAAGACUGUGGGUUACCCCCAGGGGGUGGCGGCCUGGGCAGCCAGUACGCAUUUUCAAAACCCGACCAACAACUCUGGGCCCCCACUUGGAACUCACUCCAGUGUGCAGCCUUCUUCGAAAUGGCUGCCGGCCAUGGAGGAGAUCCCUGAGAAUUACGAGGAGGAUGAUUUUGACAAUGUGCUUAACCACCUCAAUGACGGCAAACACGAACUCAUGGAUGCCAGUGAGCUAGUGGCUGAGAUUAACAAACUGCUUCAGGAUGUCCGCCAGAGCUAGGAGAUGUUGGCAGAGCAUUUUUGUUUCCAUGUAGAUGGAAAUAGGAGACAGCAAAAACCCUGAAGGAACUGGCAUUGCCAAAUAGUUGCAUUUAUCAUAAAUGUGUCUGUGUAUAUUGAAUAUUAAAUACUGUAUUUUCGUAUGUACACAAUGCAAGUGUGAUUAUUUUAAUCUGUAUUUUAAAAAUACAUUUGUACCUUAUAUUUAUGUGUAAUUUAACAGACAAAUUUUAUUUUUUUACUCCCAUGACAAACAUGUCUUUCCUAAUCAUGUAGAAACUAGCCACUGUUCAAAUCUGAUAUAAUAUUCAACCACAAAGAAUAAACGCACUGCUUAGAUUAGUUAUGUUGGGGAAGAAAUGGUUAUCCUGUAGGAAUAACCCCACUAAAGCAUUAUUCAAUUCUUAGUUCCAUUAAGUGAUUCAGCUUUUUUCAUUACCUUUUUUUUUUUGAAAAAGUAAACAUCAGUAAACUGUUUAACUAUUUUAUUAUUGUUGUUAUUGUUUUUACUGCUCUCUGCUAGUUCUAAUAGUUCAAUUCUUACAGUAAAACUGAAACAUGAAGUGAAAUUUUAUUUCAGGACUGGGAAGUAUCUGUCACAGAAGAUGAUUUAAAGAAAUAGGAGUAGAAUCAGCUUUUAGCUCCCAGGCUCCUACUAUUGCAGGGCAUCACACUGGCCUGUUCUUGAGAAUACUUCUAAAGUAUUAUCUACUUAUAAUCAAGGUAAACAAUGAAUUUUAUUCCAUCCUUGUAAUAUGAGAGGUGUCCCAAGGAAAUAGAAUCUUGUCCUUUAAAUGGAUAACUGUAUUUUAACAGCAUAAAGUAUUAAUGGACAAAGACAAUUAUGUCCGUGUCCUUCCUAGGGUAAUAAAUAUGAUUGAUUUAUCCUGAAACUCUUCCAUUCAAAUCUUCCCCUCUCCUCUCACAAUACUUGAACAUUUUUAUUUUUUGCAAUGUUUUUUUUUGCUAUAACUCUUCACUCUUAGCUUUUGUCUCUAGAGCAUGAUCUCAUAUUUUUGCUUUUAUUUUUAGUAUAGGAACAUUUAUAAAAUUACAGUUUUUUACUGCAGCUCUGUUUUAGUUGUUAUGUGACAAACGGCAAGUUCUUUAUUUAUUGUGCUGUUACGUCUCUGUGUGGAAUGCCUUGGUAAGGGACGUUGGUGUUAUGACUGUUCUCGUUUAUGACCAAGCUUCUAUUAAUGUUAUUUCUAUGAAUACACUAUCUUGAUUGUAGUAUCCAGAAAAUUUUACUGUCAAUGAAAAUAAAAGGAAAAUUAAAGUAAAGCUAAAGAACCGUCCAUAAAUCAGAGUCCUGUUCCUACAUAUACAUUCAAAAACUUUGCAAGAAGCAUACCCUUCAUAAGAGGGUAUUUCAGUGUUGGGUUUUGAAUAGUAGAGUGGGAACAUUCAAUUGGCUUGGCAAACAAGAAAAACCACAAUGGAAAAGGAAUGAAUUUGAGAUCUGUAAUGGGAAUGAAAGUAGUCUACCAUAUUUCCAGUCGAUUAAAAAAUUUAAAUGCAUUUGAAGUAUAAAGAAAAAAACAAUAAUCAAUAGUAACUGCUUGAACAUUUUUCAAAUUAUUUCUCAAAGCAUACUGUGUAACACUGUGUCAGGGAAAAAGGUCUAUACCCUUACAGUGUUUCCAAGAGGUGAAAAUUUUAUCUCCCUUGGUUAACUAGUAGGGAAAUGAAAGACUGGAAAAGUUAAAUAACCUCAAAAUGGCAAUGGCUGAAACUCAGGUAUUUAAAUUCUCAAAUGAGUACCACAUCAAAUAGAUAUGUUAUAUCUUUCAAAAGACACAUCUUCCUUUGUAGAAAGGAUUACAAUUACAAAUGAAAUUUCAGUUUAUUUUUCAGCAGGUUAUAUAUAUAAAUGCUAACCACACUGAAAUACAUUUUGCUUUUCAACUUCACUUCCUUUCAGUACAUAUUAUCAUUAAGAAAAAGACUUUUAUAACUUCACUGUUCUUAAUUUAAAUCAUCAACAGUAAUUUAAGAAGCAAAGCUGGAAAUCAAUGUUUGGAUGAUGUAAAAUAAAUAAAAUGCACUAUUGUAUUAAA